AUGGCGCCGGCACCAUCAAGGUCAUCCUCGGCCUCUCCCCCGUCGACGUGGAUCGAACUUCCCAGAAAUGUCACGAACAACAUUCUGAUGAGGUUGGGCGCGGAGGGGAUGCUAAGCGCGCAACAAGUGUGUUGUACCUGGUGGAAUGUUUGCAAGGAUCCCAUCAUGUGGCAAGUGAUCGACUUGUCCAACCCCCCUUCUAGGAAGAUGAACGAGGGCUACGCUGCCAUGUGCCAACGCGCAGUGGAUCGGAGUCAGGGGCAAUUGGUCGAACUCACCAUAGACUCAUUCGGCCAUAACGAACUGAUCAACUACAUCGUCAAUCGAUCAGCUGCAAAUCUGAAACGCCUAAAACUUGUAUCUUGCAUCGACAUAUCACCUCCUGCUUUAACUGAAGCAGUUGCAAAGCUUGGACAGUUGGAAGAAUUGCACCUUAUUAUGAUGCCAUCAAUUUCUUCUCACGACAUUGUAGCUAUUGGCAAUUCUUGCACAAAAUUGAGAUCGUUCUCACUUAACUCUUCAAAGUGCGGGCUUUAUGAAGAUCCUUUUCGUUGUGCUGAAGCAAUCGCAACAUGCAUGCCUAAUUUGCAUCAUCUUCAACUUAUUGCAAAUGAGAUGCGAAAUGAAGUACUUGAAGCGAUCCUUGAUGGUUGUCCAUGCCUCGAAUCACUGGACAUCCGGCAAUGCUGGCAUCUCCAUCUUGGAGGGGAUUUAGGGAAAAGAUGUCGUGAGCAGAUACAAGAUCUGAGACUCCCUAAUGACUCGGUUAGUGAUUUACCAUGGUUUGGCAGACCAGCUCAGUGGGAAUGUGAUGACUUGUUUAGUGAUGAAGAUGGCUUUCAUGGAGAUUAUUAUUGCGACAACUACUUUUGCGCUAACGACGAGGACGACUACGACUACGACUACUACUCCGAUAAAUCUUGA